AUCGCAGACGUACUUUCUUGUAUAAAGCGGCGGCUAAAUUUAUUUGCUCUCAGCGUGUUCAUAUAAAAAUGAGUAUUAAUUAUGAACAAAGUACGACAGACAAACACUACGCGCCAAGCAAACUGUCAGAUGAUGACGAAAGCGAAGAUCAAAAUAUAAAAACAACAGGGCAGUCAACUGCGAAACAAAUCAGAUCGGAGAAUGAUGAAGCAGAUGUUGAGGCUGGAACAGGCGCCGAAGCCGAAGCUGACGCCGAUGGCGAUGGUGAGGCAAGUGGAGCAGCCAAUACACACGUUGUGGCACACCAUUACAAUGAGCUAAAGGAAGCCGGACGCAAGGAACGACACAAGUCGAAAAUCUAUUUUAUGCGCAACUUCAACAACUGGAUCAAGAGUCAGUUAAUUAACGAGUAUAUGGACCUUAUCAAACAGCAGAAACGAGUGGGCGAAGCUCUCCGUGUGCUGGAUAUGUGCUGCGGCAAGGGCGGCGAUCUGCUCAAAUGGGACAAGGCAUUCAUAUCCCAUCUCAUAUGCACCGACAUCGCUGAGGUGUCUGUGGAGCAAUGUCAGAAUCGCUAUCAGGACAUUUUGCAGCGAGCAGAAAAAUCGAAAUUCGGACAUAAAUUCACAGCCGAAUUUUUUGCCUGCGACUCGACAAUGGUACGGCUGAGGGAACGGUAUAAGGAUGCAUCGUUGCAACUGAAUUUGGUCUCAUGCCAGUUUGCGUUUCACUACUGCUUCGAGUCGCUGCAGCAGGCAGAUUGCAUGAUCCGCAAUGCAGCCGAGUGCCUGCAGCCAGGUGGUUAUUUUAUAGCCACCAUUCCGGAUGCCUACGAGAUUAUCAGGAGAUUAAGAGAAGCUGGACCAGAUGCUCGCAGCUUUGGCAAUGAUGUCUACAGUAUUGAGUUCGAGUGCAAUACGAAGGCAUUGCCGCUCUUCGGUGCCAAAUAUCAAUUCCAUCUGGAGGGUGUUGUUGAUUGCCCCGAGUUCUUGGUACAUUUCCCCACACUCGUUAAGCUGGCUCGCCGUCACGGCUUGCAGCUGGUUAGGCGCAGCACCUUUGCCGAAUACUUCAAGGAGACACUGCCUCAGGGCCGACAGCUGCUGCAGCGCAUGUCUGGCCUGGAAACGAUUCAUCCGCAUCGCUGCGACACCCUAGAUCAGUUUGAGCAUGUAGGUCGCAUAAUAGGCACUCAGCGUGGUCGACCCGUGGGCACACUCUCCAAGGCCGAGUGGGAAGCAACAACGCUUUAUCUGGUCUGUGCCUUUAAGAAGUGCAAGAACAGCUGGGAUGCCAAUGGCAAGCCUGUGUUCGAGUUUGAUGACUGAAUUAUGCUCCCAUAAGGCAUUAUAUAUCUCUAAUUGCAUCAAUGUUCGUCAGUUUUGAUUUUCGGGUGCAUUUUUAAACACUUACAACACAUACUCAGCAUGAACAGAGCGUAUAUUUUAGGUUUAAAUGCCAAUUUGAAAGCUGUUAACAUUAAUUCACAA